UGUCCCUCGGACACAGCUGAUCACCGAUCAAUGGAAAGAGCCGCAGAUGUCGGCUCUGUCAUGUGAUCAGCUGUGUCCAAUCACAGCUGAUCGCAUGGGACAUGUACACUGAUCAUCAGUGUUCCGUGAUGAUCUGUAUAGCCCCAGAAGUGCCAACUGUCAGUGUCCAUCAGUGCCAGCUGUCAGUGCUCAGCUAUGCCACCUAUCAGUGCCUACCAGUGCACAUCAAUGCCACAUAUCAGUGCCCAUCUGAGCUGCCUUUCAGUGCCACCUAUCAAUGCCAGUCAGGACUACCCAUCAGUGCUGCCAUCAGUGCAGCCUAUCAGUGCCCAUCACUGCAGCCUCUCAUUAGCACACAUCAGUGACAUAUGAGUGCUGCCUUUCAGUGCCACCUACCAGUGCCUCCUCAUCAGUGCCCAUCAGUGAUGCCUGUCAAUGCCCAUCAGUGCAGCCUAUCAGUGUUCAUCAGUUCCACCUAUCAGUGCCAUAUAUGAGUGCUGCCUUUCAGUUCCCAUCACUGAUGCCUGUCAAUGCCCAUCUGCGCCUCCCCAUAAGUGCAGCCUAUCAGUGCAGCCUCAUUAGCGCACAUCAGCGA